UUAAGGAUUUGCACGUGUUAUUGUUUGAAUUAAUGGCACGUGAUAGGAUAUUUAAUAAUAAACAAUUUUUAUGUUAUUUUAUACAGUUUGUGGCUUUUUGCUGAUAAAGAAUUACCGAUUGACGUUGAGUCGUAAGUUGAAAGCAAGCGAUUUCUGAAUUUUGUAAAAAAAAUUGGCAAUGAAUGAAAGCAAAGUUUUAGAAGGAGAUGCAAAAACAGCUCUACCGCCCGAUGAUGACGAUUUUGAACCAACGGCAGAUAUGAUGGUUCAUGAUUUUGAUGAUGAAACAACUUUAAAUGAGGAUGAUGAUGAUGAUGAUGAUAUAGAAACUAAUGAAGAUGAGCUGGCCGAUUUAGCAAAAGAGGGGGAAAUGCCACUGGAACAAUUAUUGGCUUUAUAUUAUAGUGGUGGGGAUGGGGGUGACGGUAGUCCAAUUAAUGAGAAAGAGAAAAAUAUUGGUCAAAAUAGUCAAGAUGAAGUGGCAGGCGAUGAUGAUGAUGAUGAUGAGGCGCCAAAACGAAGUUUGCGAUCAACAUCAGCGCUUUUGGAUCGUAAUGGAUCUGGUUCAGAUUCUGAUCCAGAUUUCGAUGAAACCGCAGUUUUUCAUGAAGAAGAACAUAAAAAGCCGAGGAUAGGGGAAGAAUAUCAGGUAGCUGAAAUACCCAUUGUCAUUUCCCGUGCUGAUGACAAAUAUACGCAUAUUGAUGAACAAGUAUGGGUACCAUGGAUUUUGCCUGAGGAUGCCGUUGAACAAUAUUUAAAGGAAAUUGCUGUGAACUGCGGAUGUUCAUCAUCAGCUAAUAAGGAUGAUGUGUCUUUUAUUCAAGAUAAUGAAGAUGCAUUGUUUCUUUUAUCUCAGACAAAUAAUGACCCUGAGGAAGCCCUCAAAAGAUUUAAAUCUCGGCCAAAUGCAUUGAAAAAUGAAGUAAAUGUUUGGUCCGAAGAAGAGUGUAAACAAUUUGAAGAUGGCUUAACAGUGUAUGGAAAAGACUUUUUUAUGAUACAUUUAAACAAAGUACGAACAAAAUCAGUUCGUGACAUUGUUAAAUUUUAUUAUAUAUGGAAAAAAUCAGAAAGGUAUGAUCAAUUCACUGCCAAAACCAGACUGGGAAAAAAGAAAGAAAACAUGCAAGCCAGUGUUACGGAUUACAUGGAUCGACUUCUAGACGAAACUGACCAUGUUGGAUCAUCUUCGCUUUUGAGCCAAGCAGGCGGAAAUUUGCUUAAAUAUUACACAACUGCUCAUAGUAUUGCUCUGAUGGAACAUUUAAAACAGUUAGAAGCUGAAAAAGCUUCAAAGAAUAACACUGAUACUGCUUAUAUAUCAUCAAGCAAUGAUGUUGAUAUCCAAAAUAAAACUCUACUUAACAGUGCAGUAUCAACUUCUUCUACUAACAACACACAACAAAUUUAUGUAAAUAAUAGUAACAAUAAUAACCAUAAUUCUCAACCAGAAAUUGUCGAAAUUCAUAAUAACAGUGACCCGGUAGAGACAUCCUCGCCUAGUAGCAAAGAUUGACUAAGUGCAUUGUAAUAGGGAUCUAGUCAAUGUGUCAAAAUUGAUACUCAAUUUUUUACGAUUGAUUUCAAUUCUUUAUAUCAGUUAUACAGGUUCAUUCUGUAAAACGCUUUAUCUUGAAAUGUUAUUUGAAGCAAAAGAACUUCAUUCUUUUUCAAAAUAGACACUCGGCACUAGUAAUUAUGUUGCGGAGAAAUGAUAUAUGCUAAAAUUUUUUACCAAGUUAUCAUGGCACUGGAAAUAUGGAAUCAAUUUUACUAAUAACAAACUGGACAGUUGUUUUUAUUGAUAACUGGUUUUCUAAUUUUUGUUUUGAAAUUUCAUACUUUUGCUACAGCAUCGAUAAUCAGCAUCUGAAAAUUUACUAGUCAAAUAAUUGGAUAAUACUGCUAAUAUCAAGAAAACUGCAGUAUUAAGUGAAACAAACAAACCAUAUACAACCAUAUUUUUUGUAACAGACUUUUUAUGUUUGUUGGUAUCAUUCACACCAUAGUAAAGAAUAUUUUAAUGGAAUAUCAUAUUAGGCGAUAAAUCAGAUGACAUGUUUCAAUUAAUAAUGUCUGUCCUCAACCGUUCAUAUAAACAAGGAAAAUCAAUUUAUGCUGUUAUUAAUAUUUAUGCCACAGCGUUAUUAUGUUACCAUUAUAUAGACUAGUUGACUAUUUGGCCUAGUUGCGGAGCGCAUUGUUAAGUAACCACUAGGUGGUUCCAUCUAUGAUUUUGGAAAAUGACAAAUUUUAAUGGUGGUUAUUAUUGGUUUUGAAGGAGAAAUUCAUACUAAAUUCUGAAAUUUAUCAAUUCACUAUUAAAAUUGAUUCUUUUUCAGUUUUUGGAUACCCAGGGGCUGCCUUUUUAAUGUUCUAAGCAUUUUUUUGCUAUAAGUUACAUUUUUUCCGUUUUUUCAUCUUGUUUACUUUUGGUGACAACUGACAUUUUUUCUAUUUUAUACAAUUUUGUCACAUGAUUUUGUUUAUCGUUUUCACAAGAUUAUGAGUAAUAAUAUCUCACUCGUAAUUAAUAACAACUGGGGAUUUUCAUUACUUGGGUUGUGAUUUGGAAUGUUCGAAGCAUUAGGUUUAAGUGAAAUCCAGUGCUUAUGCGAUUUAGAAAAGACCUGAAAAUUCAAAUAAAUUUUGUUUGUGGCCUGGUUUAGA